GGUUUUCACUAUAGAAAGCAGCAAUAGAGAAUCUUUCAUGGAUGGGGGAAGGGAAUGGGCGCAGGUCUACUGGGCCGCUGCGUAAUCAACUAGAGGCCCAUUGGGCUUAUAGAACGACUCAAAGUUUAUAAACACCAGGUGUAUACGCCGGAAGAGGCAAGCCGGGAAUAGCGCAGCAGCAUUUUUCCUAUACUGGUGUAUGCACCCGGGCAGACCAUAUGUAUCUGAUCCUCGGGUAGUGUCCGCAUAUCUCUUCUUCUUUCUCCCGUACUUCUGAUUCUGACGAAAGUCGAGGAAAAUGGCGGGCAGCGGGGAGGACAACUUGAUGAAAGGACUUGAGGAGCUCGCCGGAGUUGAGUUACCGGCGAACCGACACGGCAACCUCAGAGUCGCCUCCACCGACCAGAGCCUGACCCAAAUUAUGGGCGAAAUCAAGUCAUCCAAGAAACCCGCAGUGAUCAACUAUGGCGCCUCCUGGUGUAGAGUAUGCAGCCAAAUCCUCCCAUCAUUCUGCAAAUUGGGCAACAAGUUCCCGAAGCUGUCUUUCGUGUAUGCAGAUAUCGAUGAGUGCCCCGAAGCGACUCAGCACAUCCGUUACACCCCGACCUUCCAUUUCUACCGGGACGGGGAGAGGGUCGAUGAGAUGUUUGGAGCUGGGGAAGAGCGGCUUCAUGAUCGGCUGUGGUUGCAUUCUUGAUUGGGUGUAUGACUGUAUGAUUGUAUUGGAAUUGAUCGAAACAUGUUAAACGAAACAUUCAGCAAUGGAAAAUGUUCUCUCUAUAUAUAUGUUCUCUUG